GUAGACUGUAGUGGUAGUACGUACAAACAUGAGUUCAUUUACGUUACUCAACCACUUUCGCAACCCUCUUCCUCCUCUCUUUUACUCUCCAUUUCCAUUCAAUUUUUCGCCGCCCUCUUUCAAUGCAUCUACUAUUCCCUAUUCUCCUAUAAAAUCUACCUUAGGCUCCUCUCGAUCUCGAGUUUUCUCUACCGUUAUGUUGUUGUUGUAGGGUAGUGGUGGUGGUGGUGGUGGUGAUGGGGGUUGCUAAAGAGUUGUAAUCCUUUACGGAAUAACUAAUUCUGCCAAUUAUUUGCCAACUACUAAAUGAAUCUGAAGCAUCGUGAAAGAGAGAUAGUAUGUAUUGGAUCCCAAGGGUGUGACCUAGUGGUUUCUGAAGUGGGUUGAGAACCAUGAGGCCUCCGAUUCAAAUCCAGCAGUGACAAAAACAUCAGCUUCAAAUAUUAGUAGCUAUAUGGAGCUAGUGAAAGAAGUUACCAGCAAGAGACCUGAGUCCCAGGAGGAUAUUGCAAUACAAGCUGAUAAGAAGAGUUACACUUAUCUUCAACUGGUGUCAUCUGCAAGGAGGAUAUCAAAUUUGUUAAGCAACCUAGAUCUUAAAACUGGCACCGGCGUUAAAAGAAAUGCAGAUCUUGAUGGAGCAAGAGUAGGAAUUGUAGCCAAACCCGGUGCUGAGUUUGUUGCUGGAGUACUAGGGACUUGGCUUAGUGGAGGUGUUGCAGUCCCUCUUGCUCUAAGCUACCCAGAAACCGAACUGCUACAUGUGAUGAAUGAUGCGGACAUCUCGGUAAUUCUGAGCACUGAAGACCACCAAGAACUUAUGAAUACGGUCGCAGUUAAAACUGGUGCCGGUUUGUCGCUUAUUCCUCCUAUUCCUGAUGGAAAUUUAUCAACUCAGCAUGACCAUGCAAAAGAUGUGGAUUUACCGGAAAUAAGGAACUGUGGCGAGGAUCCAGCUUUGAUCUUGUACACCAGUGGUACAACAGGGAAGCCAAAAGGAGUAGUCCAUACUCACAAAGGAACAUUAGCUCAGGUCCAAAUGUUAGCAGAGGCAUGGGAAUACACGUCCAAGGACACAUUUCUUCACUGUCUGCCACUUCAUCAUGUGCAUGGGCUCUUCAAUGCUUUACUUGCCCCUCUUUAUGCCGGUUCCACGGUCAACUUCAUGCCAAAAUUCAGCGUGAGAGGGAUUUGGCAGAGAUGGCGUGAAUCUUAUCCUGCAGAUGGAGCUAAAGUGGAUAAUGCCAUAACAGUGUUCACCGGAGUUCCUACGAUGUAUACACGAUUAAUACAAGGUUAUGAAGCAAUGGAUCCAGAACUGAAAGCAGCUUCUGCUUCAGCAUCAAGACACUUACGUCUUAUGAUGUGUGGUUCAUCAGCACUUCCUUUGCCCAUCAUGCAGCAGUGGGAAACAAUUACAGGGCAUCGGUUAUUAGAACGUUAUGGCAUGACAGAGUUUGUGAUGGCUAUAUCUAAUCCCAUUAGAGGCAAACGCAAAGGAGGUACUGUUGGCAAGCCCUUACCAAGUGUCCAGGCCAAGAUCCUUUUGGAUGAUGAUAGUGGUAGUGAUAAAACUGGAGUAGGGGAGCUUUGCGUCAAGAGCCCUUCGUUGUUCAAAGAAUAUUGGAACCUACCCGAGGUAACCAAGCAAUCAUUUACUGAUGAUGGGUUCUUCAAGACUGGAGACGCUGUUACAGUGGAUGAAGAUGGGUAUUACAUCAUUUUGGGACGGACCAACGCUGAUAUUAUGAAGGUCGGUGGAUACAAGUUAUCAGCAUUGGAAAUUGAAGCAGUUCUGUUGGAGCAUCCAGCUAUAUCAGAGUGUGUUGUGUUAGGAUUACCAGACAAAGACUACGGUGAAGUAGUAUGUGCAGUUGUUGUUCCAGACGCUGAGCUCAAAAGAAAGCGAGAUGAGGAAUUAAAGCCUGCACUAAGCUUGCAUGAACUAUCAAGUUGGGCAAGAGAGAGACUAGCACCUUAUAAGGUACCUCGUCAGCUGUUCGUGUGGGACUCUCUGCCUCGCAAUGCUAUGGGGAAGGUUAAUAAAAAGGAGCUGAAGAGAAAACUGGCUGAUGAUCCAAAAUAAGUAUUAGAUGGUCUGGAUAGAGGUCAAAGAAUGGAAUACUGGAAAAUAACCAGGAGAAGCUCAAUCAAAUUAUUUGUAAAACUAAUAGUCCAGAUGUUUUAUUAUGUUGGAAGAUAACACUCUGAUGUCAUGAUCUUUUAGGAGUUAGUUAACAGUUUUGCUUUGACGUUUAGUGCUAACAGAAGGUAUUGUUGGUAA